AUGGCACAUAUAGACAUUCCCAUGAAGGAUAUUUACUUUUCAUCCAAGAAAGGUGCAUUCCUGAAUAUAACAACAUCGUCACGUCUAGACCAUUCCCUUAAACAACAGAUAGAUAAAAUGAUUACCGUACCUUCGAGUCAUCGUAUUAUCAUUCCAUCUGCAAUUGAACUGGAAAGCUUUAGGAAAGAAGUGAAGUCAAUUUUCAUCGAAACGUUUGAUGAUGUGUUUGUCGUUAGUCAUGACCAUCUUCCUGAUACUAUUGGAAGCACUGCAAUUGUUCCACUACACAAAAUGGCAACCCAUUACGUUGUAAUAUCGACAGAGCCAACAUCAAAGAAGAAGAGUCAGUUUGCUAUAGCUGCUCUUAAAAAUAACACGUCAGUUUCAAUAACUUUUAAGAUGAAACGAAACAUUGUUUUGUAUAUCGAUGGAAAGUCAUUUUUGAAUGGCGAUGUAUACAAUUUAACACUUGAUCGAUUUGAAACAUAUCAGAUUUCCCAUGAAACGGAUUUGACAGGAACAGUUAUUGAAUCGUCUGUACCUAUCGCAGUUUUUUCGGGAAAUACUUGUAAUAGGCUUGAAAAUAUUGGCGCCUGUGAUCAUCUUAUUCAACAAAUAAUUCCAACUAGAGAAUUAGACAAAACAUACAUAGUACCCCCAAAUACAAACGAUCGAAGAACAAAGGUUCGUAUAACAGCGACAGAAAGCAGCAACAUAAUGUACACAGUUAAUGGAAUAACUCAAACAGUAACAAUUAAUAAAUUGGAUUCUUUCGACACGAUUCUAUCCAGUAGACGAGCGUGUGUGAUUGAAUCAAAGACACCUAUAACUGUCACCAGUUUUGGUUUACGCUCUAGCAAAUCUACAAUGGGCGAUCCUUCCAUGACGGUUGUUCCGGGGAUAAAUCAAUACAUUGAUUACUACAAAACAGUGGUACCAGCCGGUUUCAGUUUUAACUAUGUAACUAUUAUGAUAAAACAAUCUUUAAAAGAUUCUAUCCGAAUUAACAACACAUUGACAAACGGAAGCAAUAUUGUAUUUGAAGAAAAUGUAUCAUUUAUGAACUUAACAUACAACGUGAGGUCUAUUAGAGUACCGGAGGGUGAAAUUUCUGUGUCUACAACUUGUGGGGAACAUUUUGGACUCAUGUUUUCGGGAGUUAAAACUUAUGCUGCAUAUGGUUUUAGUGCGAUACUGCUGUAGAACCUGAAAUAUUUGGUUCAGAUUGGGUCUAUUUAAAUUAACACCAUGAGGUACAUAUAGUAAG